AUGAGUAUACGACAUACCUUACCAGUGAUUAUUGUUAGAACGGCAAUUGUUGUACCAUUAUUUGUACUAAGCUGUUUGGCAAUAGUAUUCACUCAAUUCGUAGCUCUUUUGCUAUUCAAAAACAAGCCAUCAACAAGACAAGCCCUAAUCAAUGAAACCAAGACACAUUUUCUUAUUUUAAUUUCUGGUCUUACUGCGAUUAUUAAUCCAUGUAAGGUUGCCAUUACAAUUGAUACUGACUCAGUGCCCAAUAGUCAAUCUUUUCAUGUCGAUUCGCAAAACCACAUCCAUACCUUACUUCAGCCUAAUUCGGUCAUUAUUUCCAAUCACCAAAUCUAUACCGAUUGGUUGUUUCUUUGGUUUUUAACUUAUACCUCCAAUUUGAGUAAUGCCGUUUACAUCAUUCUUAAAGAUUUGUCAAAAAUUCCCGUAUUGGGUUAUGGAAUGAAGAAUUACAAUUUCUUGUUUCUUUCGAGAAAAUGGGAACACGACAAGGUUGUCUUGACCAAUCAAUUGUUGGAAAUAGAUGCCAAUGCUAGAGGACAUGGACCUGCAAAUGGAUACCGCCUUUUGACUUCAACCGAUAAGGAAGUAAAGAAAUGGCCAUCAGGAGUUGAUGAUUCAAAAAUCUGGCCGUAUGAACUAAUACUAUUUCCUGAGGGGACCGUUCCAUCUGAUAGAACGACAAAGAAAUCCGCUGAAUAUAUUUCCUCAAAAGGGUUGCCACCAUUAAAACAUGUAUUGUUGCCUCGUAUUAGAGGAUUGUACUUGGCUUUGCAAAAGUUACGAAACACAGUUGAAGUAGUUUAUGAUGUGACAACGGCGUACUCCGGAUUGAAGGAGGACGAAUAUGGCGAGCUUGUUUUUUCAUUGAAGAAAUUUUAUAUACAAGGUUAUGGUCCACCAGUAGUCAACUAUUUCAUCAAAGGAUACAAAUUGAAGGAUAUUCCAUUGGGAGAAGAAGCAUUGGAUAGUACGGUUGAAGCAAGCGAUGAAGAUUUGCAGAAAUUUGAAGAUUGGUUAUUGAAUGUCUGGUAUGAAAAGGACAAGUUGAUGGAUAAUUUUUACAGGAAUGGCCAAUGGGGUGUUGAUGCCAACAAUGAAGCUUCUCCAGAUGGUAGCAAGGUUACUACAAAACUAAUUGUGGGAGAUUUCAAAUUAAAGAAUUCGUUUGAAUUUUUGAAACCAUACAUUGUGCUGCUUACUGCUAUAUUAUUAGGAUAUUCAUUUUUGUCGAUUGCUUACUCCUUGUUAUUUGGGUGUAAGUAG